AGGAGCGACACAAAAAAAAAAAGUAUAUAAAACGGAGGAUUCGGCAACAAAAAAGUAGCGUCUUCUUUUUCCUUAUCUCUUCUUUUUUCUUUAUUUCCUUGUUCAGUUUAUCAGAAUAUAAAAACAGUUAUCGGUUACUCAAAGCAUUGGAAUGCACCGAUCAGUAGCAUAUCUGCCUCGUACUACCCUCCGACAUUGUUUGCGCCAGAUACCAUCUCCACCGCAACAACCACCACCACAACCACAACAACUACUACCUAUUCCAUCCUUCACCAGCCCCUCCGCUAACUGCUACGCUCGCUUCCAACGUGCGUACUACUCAUCCACUGGCUCUCGCGCUUCUUCUUCUUCUUCUUCCACCCACUUCUCCUCACCCGCCUCAUCACCGCGUGCAUUCAAGACCGGCAUCGCUGCUGCCACCGCGCUUGUCUCUGGAUCUCUCUUUUACCACUAUUGCUGGAACAAGGAUCGUCCACUUAUCAACGUCUGCUAUGCCGAAGCAGAAAACAAGCUCUCCAUCCUUCCCAUAUCCGCCUUCAGCUCAUCCACACCCUCUGGAACGAUAGCCGAACUGGCCGAUGACGAGAGUCGUGUGGCCAUGCGGGCCAAGUCAAGCGAAGAGUUGAUGCUCGCAUUACUCGUCUACAGUCUCUGCUCUGUCCCCAUCUUUGUUGAUAUGGCGCCCCACAUCAUUAAUGCUGCAGAAGCAUUGCAUCUCCAGGGACCUUUGUUCUGGCUCAUCAAACGUACGGUGUUUCAACAUUUCUGUGGCGGUGAAACCCCAGACGAAUGUGCCCACUGCAUGGAGCGCUUGGCCCAGUCUGGGAUCAAUGUGAUUCUCGACUUGAGCAUCGAAGCCGAUCUGCAUCUGGACGCCAAAACGCCACCCAAAACGCAAGGCUAUUACCCGCAUUUAGAGCAUCGCGCCGAUGUCACGGUUGAGAUGAUCAAGGAAUGUUUGCGGACAGCCGCCAAAGGCCGUGAGCUGUGCGGCGAUACGUUUGGCGCUUUUGCUGCGGUGAAAAUCACCGCAUUCGCACCGCCAGAGCUCUUGUUGCGCGUGAAUCAAGUGCUUGUACAGAUGGAGCAGGCAUUCGAUGCCUGGCAGCGUGGCGACGGUACGAUCGAUAGCGAAGGCUUGGAACAGAUUGUUCAUUACGUGCUACCUCCAGCAGGCUCGCCAGCGCAAGAAAAGAAACGCCAGGAAAUUCUGUCUCGAAUCGACGCGCUGGACCGCAUUGAAGCAACCAAGCUAUUCGAUUUGCAAGGCAAAGACCGCAAUGUAUGGUGGUCAACCGAAGAACUGCAUCGUGAGAACACACCGCUCACUUUUGAAGAACUUCAAGCCUACGAUCGCAUGGUGAACCGCUUGGAUCAGGUUUGUCGAAUGGCUCAUGAUAAACAUGUCGGCAUCAUGGUUGAUGCUGAACAGUCGUAUUUCCAAGAAGCUAUCGAUCACGUAGCCAUGAAUCUCCAGCAAAAGUACAAUCGUCGCGAUGAUCGUGAGCAUACGCCAACUGUAUACAAUACAUAUCAAAUGUACACCAAGGCUGCUCAAAAGAAACUCGAACGAGAUGUUGAACGCGCCAAGCGAGAAAACUUUGGGUUUGCUGCUAAGCUCGUCCGUGGAGCCUACAUGGUCAUGGAGCGAAAGCGAGCUGCCCAACUCGGUUAUCCAUCUCCGAUCCACGACACGUUGGAAGAUACCCACGACUCGUACAACAACGGUGUCCGAUUCCUCCUCGACAAGCUCCGUGAGCGUCAAGAAGCUACUGGCGAGCCUCUUGCCUCGACCACUGCACCUGUGGUCUUUAUGAUUGCCAGCCACAACCGCGAGUCAGUAAAGCUGACGGUCAAGGAGAUGGAACGCCACAAUGUGUUGCCUCGCUCCGGUGUUGUCCACUUUGGCCAACUCUACGGCAUGCAAGAUCAACUUUCAUACACGUUGGGCAAGAACGGAUACUCAACCUACAAGUAUUUGCCCUAUGGCAAGAUUGAUGAAGUAAUGCCUUACUUGCUGCGCCGUGCUCAAGAAAACUCAACCAUGCUUGGCGGAGUCAAUAAGGAACUGACGUUGAUCUGGCAAGAACUCAAGGACCGUUGGUCUGGUAAUCGAGGCGUGGUGGUUCGUCCCAAGGCCAUCGCCGGUUCUCAAACUACGGCUGCGCCUGAUACUGGAGCCGCUACCACUGAAGUUGAUGUGGCUACUGAAUCUACUGCCAAUACCGUUUAGAAAGAGAAUGAUGGAGCCCCCCGUACCGUUGUUUUCCUUUUCCCCCCCAAGGGAAUUCGUCAUUAGAGAAAACGUUUCUAGUUACUUUUAAAUUAUCGCCAUCAACUGAGAUCUUUUUUUUUCCCAGUUCUAAUCCUUUGUAUGAUGUAUUCCUCUUAUUUCCCCUCAUUCCCCUUCCUUUGAUGAUCUCCUGCUACCUUGGGAAUGGGUUGCCUUCUCGUCCUUGUUUCUUUGUAAAUAUUUUUCUUUUUAAAAAAUCUCAUAUAAAUAAAAAAAAAAAGCCUGUUGUUUUCUCAUCAUCA